UGUCUAUUUUUUUCUUGAUUGUUUCAUUUUCCUCUCUGUUAUUUGUUAAUAUCUAGAUCAAUGUCCUAAAAACCAUCUCGUUAUUAUAAUUACGCUUCCUACUCUUGAUUAGUUAACAAUGUAUAUUGAUCGUAGUAAAUAAAGUUAAUUACUGUCUUACCUAUGUUAAAAUUGACUAAUUAACAAUGAGAAUCAGUAAUCACAAUUAAAAGACAAUCUAAUCCCAGAUAUUCAAUAUAACAUGAACAACUAUUAUGCCUACGAAAACAAUUUACUAAUAUAAUCCAUCCCAUGGCCUCAUCAUUUUUCCCAGCUUAUCAAAUUGUCUUAAUCUGUCUUCUUGGUGUAAAUAUAAUCUUUUGGUUUAUCCUCCUUUGUUGGCGUAUUUUUUGCUUCGGCUCAAUGGUAAAUGGGUUAGCUCGAUGUCGACAAGUUUUCAAUACAAUCGGACCCGUUAAUCCAUCCCAACAACGACAAGACAUAUCAAUGGUCUCUAACUAUUCAACAAGAGGAUCAGUAUCACGAGUUAACAAUGAUUUACCUCCUCCUUAUGAACAAGCAAUUAAAUAUCCAUCGUUAAUUUCAAUCUCUGGCCAGAUAAGUGGUAAUAAUAGCUCAAUGUUUACUCAUCACAAUCAACAACCACAACGACAACAACAACGACAACAUCAUCAUCGAUAUUCAUUGUCACAAUUAACUGAACCAGUAGGAUCAACAUCAAUCAACAUGAGACCCGAAAACUCAACCUCAGUAUCUUCAUUACCUCAACAAUUACACAUAACAACAUUGGCAACAACAAUUGAAUCAAAUUUAGACGAUGAAAAGUUGUGAUUUCAAAUGAUUAGUAUUUCUCUUGUAACAAUUUAAUUUUUAUAUACAUUAUCAUUAUGUUGAUUUGUCGCAAAGGUUAAUCAAAUUAAAUGUACAAGUUUGUGCAUAGAAAACAAAUUAUUAUAAAAGUUUGUUGUAAUUUGUUGAGAUCAACAUUCUGAUUGUUACCUUCAAUUGUAAUUAAUUUAUUAUUAUGUUUAAUUGUUUUCUAUCAAUCACUUUAAUAGUACAAUAAAAGACUAAAUUAUCUUUUAA